CGGCGUUUUACUACUGCUGAGGAGAGAAAUAGAAACAGAUACUGGUGGUAAGCUGUUCAGGUCGGAGGUGUGGAGAAGGCUCAGAGAAACAAACAGCUGUAGUAAGCAGUGAAUAUCUCACAGCUGUUCCACGUUUACAAAAGAAUAGCAGAAAAUAUUCCUCCAUUCUUUCUCUAAUGGGGGAUUACGGAUAUCAAGGAACUACAAGACCACUUUCUCCGUUAGAAUUUUACCCCAAUCGUGGUUCUAGGCCGACGUCUUUGUUUUCAUCCAACAACAACAACGACAACACCGAGAGCUCUGCAACCAUCAUGCAGGAUGAAAUACUCGCUGAAAAAUUGGCCGUGAAGCAGUCAUUACAACAACAGUUACAGCAACUUUCACCUAGUGUUGAGGUAAAUUCCGAUAACUCUGAUAUUUCUCCAAAAUCUAAGUCAGAAGAAUUAAAUUCAGCAACCGUCCCUGAGAAAGAUUUCAAACAAGAGAUUACACAGUCAAUCGACUCUACUACAGCAUCCACACUACAACAACAGCUGGUUAGUUUUCAGCAAGAACCUAUUUCCACACUUGCGACGUCAUCAAGUGUAGGCCUAGCCAACAAUGGUGUCAGUCCAGCUUUUUGGUCGUCAGCCAUAACUGAUGAAACCCAUCUCCAAAACCUUCACACCCUCAAUGGAGCCGUGCAAUUUCCAAAUUAUACUUUAAGUGCUUCAAUGUUUAGUCCUACCCUUGCCCCUCAGCUGAACAUGCAGAAGCAACAGCCUCAGCAACACCGACAUAGUUUGCCUCCCCAACCCACACAACAAGCAUUCUUUCCAACUGCCAGCCAGCUACAGCAGGUACAAAUACAACAGGCCCAGAUUCAGCAGCUGCAAGCACAGGUAGCUGGGAGUCUAUUCAUUCCCCAGAAACAGUACAACUGGAGUAAUCCACAACAGCAAUCGAGGUGGAGCACAGCCUCUGGACAGACACUCCAUCAACAACACAAUAAUCCAUGGAGUGCAGCUAAUUCAUCAAAUAUACAUAGUCAAAAUGCUACAAAUGCGCUAAACAGACGGUCCAUGCCUUCAUUGAUGAACAGCCAGCUGGGACCCCUUUCUCCCACUAAAGGUAGAGCCUCAAACCCAAUAAUUUCACCACCUAAAUUCCAACGCAGUUCCUCUGUGCCUGGCAAGAGUCAUCAUACAUCUAUGAAUAGUCAUAUGAGCAUUCCAGGAAGUGGUGGUUACCAAAAGAGAAAUGGGGAUAUCAACACCAACACACUUUUCCCGUAUCAUGGCCAGGAACGGCAACUUACAAACCCAUUGGGUGACCCAAUGAAACUUUCCUCCUUGGAACAUCAAUUACUAGAUAUAAUGAAAGGCACUGACCAGCCACUAGAUCCAUUUGGAAGAGGACCAUGGUCAAGCCCUUUGUUUAAUACUGAUGGGUUACUGGAUGAUGGUCAGCAUGAUCAAGUUGUUCCCUCACUAACAUCACCAUCACGCAUGUCACCCCGUGACUAUGGAGAACGUUUCUCAAGGAAGGUGUUUGUUGGAGGACUGCCGCCAGAUAUUGAUGAAGAGGAAAUAACAGCUAGUUUUCGUCGUUUUGGACCUUUAGUCGUUGAUUGGCCUCAUAAAGCUGAAAGCAAGUCCUAUUUCCCACCAAAGGGUUAUGCAUUCCUGUUGUUCCAAGAUGAAAGGUCUGUUCAAGCCUUGAUUGAUGCUUGUAUCAAAGAAGGUGACAAGUUAUAUCUAUGCGUUUCCAGCCCUACCAUCAAGGAUAAACCAGUUCAGAUUCGUCCAUGGAAUUUAGGAGAUAGUGACUUUGUUCUUGAUGGCACACAGCCUCUAGAUCCUCGCAAGACAAUAUUUGUUGGUGGUGUUCCAAGACCACUAAGAGCACUUGAGUUGGCUAUGAUUAUGGACCGUUUGUAUGGCGGCGUAUGUUAUGCUGGUAUUGAUACUGAUCCCGAACUCAAGUACCCGAAAGGUGCUGGGAGAGUAGCAUUUGCCAAUCAGCAAAGUUAUAUUGCAGCCAUAAGUGCUCGAUUUGUGCAGCUCCAGCACGGUGACAUCGAUAAGAGAGUUGAAGUGAAGCCUUAUGUGCUAGAUGACCAGAUGUGUGAUGAAUGCCAAGGAACACGUUGUGCUGGAAAGUUUGCACCAUUCUUUUGUGCUAAUGUUACCUGUCUUCAGUAUUAUUGUGAGAUAUGCUGGGCAACUAUCCAUUCUCGUCCAGGACGCGAGUUUCACAAGCCUCUCGUCAAAGAAGGUUCAGAUCGUCCUCGCACCAUGCCUUUCCGUUGGUAAUUCGUGUCGAGCUGUUGAAGCAAGUUGAUGUUGGUCAGUGUGUAGUGGUCUUAAAUAUGGUAUCGUAAACACAAUUGCAUAAUUAGCACGCUCAUUCAAUAGUAAACCCUUUAGUAGAGCAAGACAAGAAAGAAAAUGGUUGUGCAUUGGGAGCAGUAACUUAUAUAUAGAUAUAUAUAUAUAAAAAUAUAUACUUUAGAUAAUUUAAUUAAAGUGCAGUAGCAUAUAUUUAUCAUUUUGGGAAAAUAUUUUAAUCAAAUUAAACCAAUAUUUUUUAAAUUUUUGUGCUGCAUAAAUAUGUGCAGUACAUGUAUCAAUGUGUGUGUGUGCAUGCAUGUAUGAUCAGAUAUGGGUGCAUGCAUACAUCUACAUGAAACAUUUAUAUGAUUUUAUAUUUGAAAUGGUGACUGUUUCACUAAAGAAGUGAUAUAAAUUUGCCAUGAUCGCUCCAAAGCACAUUAACUUUUACCAUAUUUGCUUGUCUCUUGCCAAAUCUAGUGAACAACUCAAGCCUCUGAAAUAGUUGUGGCCAAAUUUACAGUGAUCUGUUACAAAAACCUAACAUAAUAAAGGACAUUUCUCAUUAGAAUUUAGUUGAUGAGAUGAAAAUAUGACAGUUAAUCCAGUUUGUUGUCUGUCCAAGUCUAUUUAGUGAUACCAAAAAAGCAUGAUAAAUGCAAAUUGUGCAAUGGUCUAUUCCACACGUGACAACAGAUAAUGUGUGCUAAUUUUUAAGCUGGUACUCGUAAGCCAGAUUUGAAAGUUGGUAUACCUAGCUUUUAUCAUCAAUACAUAACCUGUAAUCCAUUGUCAUUGUGCAUCUGUCCCCACUGACAAUUGGUAAAUGUCCUAUUAAUAAGUGUGCUAAAUGUAUAUCACUAGAUGAAUAAAUUAUUAACUCCAUACCAGUAUAGUUAGUCAGAGCUGGUUUAUAUGUUGCUAGUUAAAUCUGUCCAGGAAAAGUGUCCAAGAAUGGUAGAAGUUAGUAAAUUAUUUAUUGAAUAUCUUGAGUAAAGUCACAUAUUAUCGAUUUGUAUUGAUUUGUAAUGUCAUUGAUCACCUAUGUUUAUAAACCUUGAUAUUCUAAUAGAAAACAUAACAGAUUUUUUUUUAUAAUACUCUGAAUCUUAAGGCUGAAAUGCUAACCAGUCAUUGAAAUAAGAUUACUUGCUUGCAAAUAAGCAAAAUUACAGUAUACUGGAGAUUUUCACAUCAGUGUAACCCCAUGACAUAUCUCCCUGAUAGUGUCAGUUGAUGUUAAUAAUUACUUGUCAUCCAUGAAGUAUGAGCUCAUCCCUUCAUUUUGUACUUACUGAUGCCAAGCAGCAGUUUGAACAUUUGCAUAUAUCGUGCAAUUUUUCAGUCCUUAUAUUAAGUACUAGCAUUUGGGCAAUCAUUUAAUAAACAUUUAUGUGUGUAUAGAUGAAAAGUCCCUUUACCUGACGGCGAUGUCUGUCUUGAAACAGAUGGUCCAUCAAUAGGAGACUUGCAGUUAUCUAUCGCUACAUAAACUGUUUUGUUAAUAUCAGUGAUCUAUUCAAGUUUGCAAAUAUUGUAGAUGUAAUAAAGAAGAUUCUUAGUUUUUUAUAUCUUGAUUACAGGUUCAACAAAUUUGAUAAUAUCAAUUAGAAAUUGUUUUAUUUAUUCUUAGGAGGAUGUAAUAUAUUGUUAGUGAUAGGUAUCUAAAAUGUGGGGGCAAACUGCCAGACUUUUUAUUUGGGUGUUUCCCCCCCCUAAUCUAGAGAAAUAUAUUAAUUGUUGAAUAAUAAUUUGUAACUUGACAAGCAUCAGCAGAUGUGGCCGUACUCAAGUGAUUUUAGGAUUCUAACACAGUAUGAAUAUACAAAGUGUAAUUGGUGAGUUUGUGUUUUACAAAAACAUUUUGAAUCAGUAUUUGUACUAUUGUGAAGGUGUUUGCUUGCUGUAUGAUUAGUAAGACUAAGAAACAAUAAUCACUAUUCAUUACACAAAUUUUGCAAUUUUGAUGAAUUUUUACAUAAUUUAAAUGGUUCCUAUUUAAGAUUUGUCAUUGAAUUUUUGCAGAAGUUUUCAGAUGUCACAUUUUUGCACCAUAUAGAAAGAUGUAUAAAUUAACAAGUUUUAAAAUGCGGUUUCCUUUUUGUAUCUUUUCCAUAGGUUUAUAUUGAGGCAACAGAAAAGAGUACAUUUUGUUACUCGACCUUUUUAUUUUUCUGUGCAGUAUUUCCUACCUGUGAUUCAUAAAAAAGCUUUUUUAUAUAUAUAUAAUUUUUUCUCCAACCUUUUAUAUCAAGAUCAAACUGUUCUAUAUGUUAUGUAUGUUCUUAUACCUCAUAGUAGCUAUUGUGAUCCUGCAAAGUAUGUUUGUUCUGUCACUGAAAUUUUUGAAAUGUUUAAUACUGUAUAAUUAAUUAAUAUUAUUUAUAAUUUCACAAAUCAGAAAACUUCAUUAUGAAGAAAAAAAAGAUUUGUUUAUUUUUAAAAUAAAUUUUAGAAACCAAGUUUUUCACUAAAGCUUUUAAGAUUUUUGAUAAAUGACUAAUUUGAUGUCAAAGUAAUGCAUGAUUAUUUGCAUGAUCAAUUUGUAUUUUCUUAAGUCUGUAAUAAUAGUAAUACUGAUAAAUUUUGCAUGACAAUGGGUUUUUACUAUGAAUAUUGGGUUGAAGUUUCCCUGGCAUGGUAUUGACGUUCCUCCAUAUUCCAUCACACAAGGAUAUGGUGCUAAGAUACUCAAAUAGAUGAGGUUCGUCUGAAGUCAGCUGCCACCCCAAAGUACUAUGUUGGGGGAAUAUUUAAUUACUAUUAUAUCAAUCUUUUAUGAUCAGGGCAACAAGUUUUUUAAUUAUUUUCAGUGCAAUAUGAAGUGGAAUGGUACCGAAAUGUGAUUUUUGUUUUUUCUAUUUGAAUAGUUGUUUUUGAUAUUUUAUUUUUCCAUUACAAUGCAGCUUGUUUGUAAUAAUAAGAGUUCAAUACUGCAGUCAAAUCCAAUAUUUGUAGAAAUAUAUUGAGGUGGGUAUGUAUUGUGUGGCCUUCUCUAACAUCUGCUGUGUAGGUAGUAUUUACUUGGCCUAAGGCCAGUUGUGGUUAGAUUGCUACUAUAUAGUAAUGGAGAAUUUAGGCCUGGUGAUCGACACUAGGACCACAAUACUAUUAUUUCUCAAUAUAUUCUUAAAAACAUGAAGAAAAAUUAAACCACUGUGUGUAAUUCAGAUAUUUCAUUGUGAUUUGCAUUGCAAUGUUUGAAGUGCUUUACUUUUUCUUUCAUUUUGGAUUUGUACUGUUAUAUAUUAAACAAUUGUUAGCAUACUGUUGUGGUCAGGUCUAGCCAAGUUGUUUUAAAAUUUGUGAUAGUUGCUGUGUCUGGUUUUUUUUCCCCUCAGAUUUUCCGUUCAGUAGUUUAAGAAAUGAAAUGUUUUCAGUUUACAUAAAGAUUCUCUAUUUUGAUUUCCAUGGUUUUAUUUAUAGAAAAAUAAUUAUUUGUUUUCAAAGUACUGCUUUUGAUUUUGAUCAGAAUUUAUGAAUGCUGAAUAUUGCAAAUUUAUCAAGUAAUGUUUUAAUGUUAUGUUUCAUUGUGCAUCAUUUGUUUAUCUUUAUGGAAGGUGGUAGCAAGGUAGAGAAGAUUGAGAAACUUUGCGGUGUCCAUACAGGAUUUGUUGUUUUUAAAAUCUUGAUUGUGUUUUUGUAUAUGGGAACUAUAUUAGAUCAAUAUUUUUGUUGAAUCUGAAUUAAUACCAAAGUUUAUAUGUUUUGGACAAAAAAAGAAAAAAAAAACCAAUAAACCCACAGUGUUAAUCAUUUUGUGGUAAAGCUUAUACAUUAUUUUGUUAGUGUGGUUUCUUUUUAUUUUCCGUCACUUUGAUGUAAUUUUCUUUCUUUUGGUUAAAGAAUGACUUUCUUUGUCGGUCUAUAUUUUCAAGUUAUAAGUACUAAUUUAGAUUAUGUAAGGUGUUUAAUAAAUUUUUUCAUGAUAGCUUGUUUUUGUGGAAAGAAUAUUAUAGAAUAGUAAGAUAUAUGAUGGUUAUAUAAUAUAAGUCAUAGAUAAUGAAAGUGUGUGUGUGCGCGUGUGCGUGUGGAGUAAUCUUAACAGGUCUUCAAUCCACCUCCAUAUAUUCAAAAUAGUAAACUCCGAA